CCUUCAGAAAAAGAAAAAGAAGAAGAACCAACAAAAAUAACGCCCCAAACCCUCUCCCACCUCCUCCGCCUCUCCGCCCUCCCCGAGCCCAGCACCCCCGCCGAAUCCUCCGCCAUGCUGCAAACCCUGCACGCGCAGCUUCACUUCGUCCGCGACAUCCAGCGCGUUGACACGACAGGCGUAGAACCGCUCUCGUCCAUCCGCGACGAGACGCCCGAGGGCAUACGCGAGGCCACCGUCGCGCUCGCGACGCUCCAGCACGCGCUGGCCGAGGAGGAGGUGUACGGGCGGUGUAAGCGGCCGAGGAGGAUGCGCAGUAAAGGGACAGGAGGAGGAGCGGUGAGGAAAGUGGAAGAAGGGGUGGAGGAUUGGGAUGUUUUGGGGUGUGCUGCGGAGACGGUGGGGAGAUACUUCGUUGUAAGGAGUGGU